CAUGAGAGCGCCCACGGCGGGGGGGCGGGCGGAAAGGAAGGCAGCAGAGGUGCCUCUUGCGGCGCCGCGCCGCCGUCGUCGCCUAGGCGGCAGAAGCGCGGGCGGUUCUCCUGACGCACCGCGAGGGCCCCCGCGUGUGCGCGGCCGCUGCCUGGGGCGGCCGCCCGCGCCGUCUCCCCGGCCCGCUGCGGGAGGUGGUAGCUGCCAGACGGCCGCGCGGAGUCGGAGGCAGAGGGGGAGGAGGGGGCGCAGGUGAGCCCCGGCGCGGCUCCGCUCCCCGCCCCCCUCCGGCGCCCCGCGCGUAGUGUCCGUUUCCGGCGCGCUCCCAUCGCCGCGGCCGCGGGCUGGCGACGCAGGCGGGCGCCAUGCAGUAUCAUUCAAUGCCUAACAUUUCAGAAGAUGAAAAGGAGAAUGGUUCUGGAAACAAUGGAAACACUGAAAACAGACCUGGGAAAGAAUCCUCAGAAGCUUCUCUUCAUGAUCCUGUAAAGCCAUACUGCAUGUCAGAUGCCUCCACUGCAUCACUGGUUUCUAGGGGAGGUGGGCAUUAUCCAUGGGGAUGUCCUGUGACUCAUACAAGAGAGAAAUUUUAUACAAUCUGCUCAGACUAUGCUUUUUUAAACAGAGUAACAUCUAUUUGUAAAAGCCCAAGUGCUUCAGUUAGUGCCUGCCUGUCAGGCAGUGCUGCCUUAAAUGUUGGUAAUAACACACCUAGCUUAAUCGGCAUCCAAACAGGUGUUUCAGACAUAAUCUAUAGUGAAGAUGCUAACUUAGAAGGUUUGUCUAGCAGUCUUGGAAAGCUUCCACUGGCAUGGGAAAUUGACAAAUCAGAAUUCAACAGCAUGACCCCAAAUCUGAAGAACAAAGCAGGCAACAUGAAGAAACAAGUAACAAAGAAAAAAUCUUUAGACAAAAAAAGCAAACAAUACAGGGAGUGUCCUCAGCGUUCUGCUCUUGAAGAGGUGAAGGAGAGAAAAGUGUUGGACCUCCGGAGAUGGUAUUGUGUUAGCCGACCACAGUACAAGACUUCUUGUGGAAUUUCAUCCUUAGUGUCUUGCUGGAAUUUUUUAUAUAGUACACUGGGGGCUGGAAGCUUGCCACCUAUUACUCAAGAGGAAGCUUUGCAUAUACUGGGCUUUCAACCACCAUUCGAGGAGAUUAGAUUUGGUCCUUUCACUGGAAAUACAACUUUGAUGAGAUGGUUUAGGCAAAUAAAUGAUCACUUCCAUAUAAAAGGAUGUUCAUAUGUUCUGUAUAAGCCUCAUGGGAAGAACAAGACAGCUGGAGAAACUGCUGCAGGGGCCCUGGCAAAGCUAACACGUGGACUGAAAGAUGAAUCAAUGGCCUACAUCUACCAUUGCCAAAAUCAUUAUUUUUGCCCAAUUGGAUUUGAAGCAACUCCUGUAAAAGCUAGUAAAGCAUACAGGUUGCUGGAUUUGGACUCGGGAGACCUGGGUUCAGUUCCUAGUUCAACCACAGACUUGCGGUGUGACCUUAGAGGUCGUGUCUUGCAGCAAGAAGUGGAAUACUGGAUCUUAAUUGGUGAGCCAAGCAGGAAACAUCCAACAAUACACUGUAAAAGGUGGACAGAUAUUGUUACUGAUCUAAACACUCAAAAUCCAGAAUACCUAGAUAUUCGACACCUAGAGAGAGGAUUACAGCAUCGAAAAACAAAGAAGGUUGGAGGAAAUCUUCAUUGCAUUAUUGCCUUUCAGAGACUUAACUGGCAAAGAUUUGGUCCUUGGAACUUUCCAUUUGGAAAUGUUAGACAGGAUAAACAACCCCAAAUACAAGGACAGGGAAUUGCCAAAUCUGAGAGUGAAGACAAUAUCUCUAAGAAACAACAUGGACGAUUGGGUAGGUCUUUUAGUGCUGGUUUCCAUCAAGAAUCUAUGUGGAAGAAAUCUAAUCUCCGUGAGAGGAGGAACAAUAUCAGUAUUUGGUUGAAUCAAGCAAUAAAAGGAGCCAGAGAUCAUCGUGGUAAUUCCAUACAAAAUGCUCACCUCCUCACUCUGUUUCAUCGACUCUGCAAGUUACUGUUUUUUCGAAUUCGGCCUGUCUUUGUUUUUGAUGGAGAGGCACCGCUUCUGAAGAGACAAACCUUGGCUAAGCGAAGACAAAGAAAAGAAGUGGCAGUCAGUGAUUCCAGAAAAACUACAGAAAAACUAUUGAAAACAUUUUUGAAGAGACAAGCUAUCAAAACUGCUCUAACAGGCAAAAGCAAUGAAGCUUUGCCUAGUAUUACACAAGUUCGAAGAGAAGAAAUUGAUGAUAUAUAUGUAUUGCCCUCUUUAGAGGAGGAAGAGAAGAAUAGCUCAGAAGAGGAAGAUGAAAAAGAAUGGCAAGAGAGAAUGAGUCAAAAGAAGAUACUGCAGGAAGAAUUACUUGAAAAUCCUCAUUCUGUAGAUAUUGAAUCAGAAGACUUCAACAGUCUGCCUCCAGAAGUAAAACAUGAGAUCUUGACUGAUAUGAAAGAAUUUACAAAGCGAAAAAGAACAUUAUUUGAAGUAAUGCCAGAGGAGUCCAAUGACUUUUCCCAGUAUCAGCUUAGGGGUUUGCUUAAGAAAAGCAACCUCAAUCGAUACAUUGAAAAUGUAGAAAAAGAAUUGAAUGAGCAGCACUCAGGUCAAAUCCAAACACAAUAUGAAAAUGAAGGUGGUUUUGUGAAAGAAGUGGAAUCUAAGAGGGUAAUCUCUGAAGAUACUUCUCACUAUAUCCUAAUAAAAGGUAUUCAAGCGAAAGAAGCUACUGGUAGAGAUAUGGAAACUACUGCGGCACACUCAUCAAAAAGGCUAGAAUUUACUAAAUCUAUUAAAAUAGUUAAUGAAUCUCCUGCUAAUACAAACCCAGUUGAGUCUGAGAAGUUGCAGACAGAGAAAGAUAACAAUGGGGUAACAGCACCCCCAUCUCCCCAGACUUUGCUUGCUAUUCAGGCAGCUAUGAUGGAAAGCAGCUCAGAAGAGGAACUGGGGGAUGAAGUUAAAGGACGAUCAAAUGUGGACCAACCUAGAUCAGAGGAAGGCAGUGUAUCUCCGAGAACUCUACAGGCAAUUCAGCAAGCUCUGAGUGAGGAUGAUAAAAGGGAGGAAGUUGUUACCUCUAAAACUGAUGGAACGAUAACGGAAAGGUCAGAAGUGAAGGAUUUUCUCCUUAGUAGUUCAGAUGAGGAUGAUCAGAUUCCUAAAGUUACAGAGGGAAAUAAAUUACCUACAUCUACAAUUCAUUCAUCAAACCGAGUGAUUAUACAAGAUACUGAAUUUGGCCAGAAGAGUCAUGAGUUGGAAAAGGUUCAUAUUGCACCCGAGGACAUCAGUAUUUCCAGAACUGGAAGUUAUUCUUUUGUUGAUGAUACUAGAAAAGGAGAUGAUGAUGUAGACAAAGAAGAAAAUGGUUCCAAAAUGGUCUUAAGUUCUUUGGAAGAUAAGAAUAUAAACAUGUCCAUGCAGAACCCAAGCCAUUCCCCUGCACAGACAAGUACACAAGCUUUGAUUCAGGCUGAAACAACAGACCUUUCUAAAAAUGGGGAAAACCUUAAAAUUUAUAAAGAUAUAGAGGAAGUCAUUUCAAAAACAGAAAAUAAUGUAUCUGAGGUACAAAAAGAAGUUAGCCUUUUUCCGGAAGCAGAAGGUCCUGAUGAGGAAAGAAUAGAAGGGGUAUCACCAUCUGAAGACAGUGAUUCUGAUGGAAGCUUUGUUGAAGUGGACACUGAAAUCAGUAAUGCAGCUGAGUUUCCUACUGAAUAUGAUGAGAAACCGGGUGAUAAAACAGCACUUACAGAAAUGGAGAAAGACAGACAUGAUAUUGUCACCAAGGACAUGGUAAAGGAAUCUGAUGGAGUGCAGCUGGCAAACCAUCAGACAGCUGAAAAUGAAAAUGAUGGUAAAGAUGCAGUGGAUGAGUGGCAAGACAUCAGUUUGGAAGAACUAGAAGAACUGGAAAAUGAUCUUUCUGCUGAACAAAAUGUGCUACAGGCUCAAAAGCAGCAGCAGGAACGUGUUGCUGCUUCUGUAACAGGACAGAUGUUUUUGGAAAGUCAGGAGCUUCUCCGUCUGUUUGGCAUUCCGUAUAUUGAAGCUCCAAUGGAAGCAGAGGCACAGUGUGCUAUCUUGGACCUUACUGAUCAGACCUCUGGGACAAUCACCGAUGAUAGUGAUGUUUGGUUAUUUGGUGCACGACAUGUUUAUAAAAAUUUCUUCACUCAGAACAAAUACGUGGAAUAUUAUCAGUAUGUUGAUUUUCAAAACCAGCUAGGGUUGGAUCGAAGCAAGUUAAUUAAUUUGGCAUACUUGCUUGGGAGUGAUUACACUGAAGGCAUCCCAAAUGUUGGCUUUGUAACAGCAAUGGAGAUUUUAAAUGAAUUUCCUGGUCAUGGAUUGGAACCUCUCUUAAAAUUCACUGAGUGGUGGACUGAAGCUCAGAAGAAUAAGAAACUGAGACCUAAUCCACAUGAUACCAAAGUCAAGAAGAAGCUGCGGAACCUGCAACUUUCUUCAGGUUUCCCAAACCCAGCAGUGGCAGAGGCAUACCUGAAGCCUGUGGUGGAUGAGACAAGGGGUUCGUUCAUCUGGGGGAAGCCGGAUGUAGAGCAGAUCAGAGAAUUCUGUCAGGAUCACUUUGGCUGGUCUAGGACAAAGAUAGAUGAAGUCCUUUUGCCUGUACUAAAACAGCUGAACUCACAACAGACUCAGCUUCGAAUUGAUUCAUUCUUCAGACUAGCACAGCAUGAAAAACAAGCCAUUAAGAGCCAGAGACUUCGCCGAGCUGUGACUUGUCUGAAGAGAAAGGAAGAAGAGGAAGAAGCCAAUGAAAUUCGGGAGGCUACUGCAGUUAUGGAGGAUGAACUUAAGCAGCAUGAGGAAAGGAAAGGGAAAAGUACUGCGGAUUGCACAGAUCAUCAAGUGACAACACAUAUAAAGAGAAAGAAACAUUCAGAUUUCAAAAAAGAACGUGUUUAUGGAGGUGGUUUUAUUGGGAAUUUGCAUCUUUCAGAAACCUCUAGUGACUCCUCAAUAGAGGAACUGGAAAGCAGAGAUCCAGACAAGAGCAAGAGGAGGAAAACUGUGUCUCAAGUUGAGACAGCAAACCAUAAUGAGAAAAAGGGGUACAGUAGCUCAAGUGGUGAGGAUGAAGAGGUGGGAAACCUAGUCAUGGUGACCGCCAAACCUGUGUUUGAGGGCAAAAAACUUAAAUCACGGAGUAAGAGAGGAAGAAACAAGAAAAAGUCUUAAAAAAAAAAAAAGAUAGUCUUAAAGAGACUGUGUGUGGGUGGGUUUUAUGACUUAAACUUUGUAAAUAUUCUAAUGAAUUUUCUGAUAGAAAAACAAUAAAUUAUCCCUAUUCAUCAUG